AUGUUGAUAAAAAAUCGUAGAUACUCAGAAAAGUUUGUUUCGCACUUGUUUUAAAUCUUUUUUUUAGAUUGCUGCUCUUUUUGGUUUUUUUUUUCGUACACUUCUUUUGAAAUAAGCUCAAAGCUUUCAGAUCAUGGCGGCCGCUACCAAGACAGUCAAAUUUGCGUACAACAGUAAGUUUUAAAGUUGUGGUUCCAUUUUAAGAUCAAUUUUCAGAUGGUGUUGCCAACUACUUGCGCAAGCUCGCUUGGACAAACUUCUGGGGAGGUCGUGAGUAUGGUUAGUUUUUUUUUCUUCUUUGUCUUGUUGAUGGUUUGUUAACACCGAAAAAUAAUUUUUUGAUUUUUCGUAUUUCUGUUCAAGUCUCUUCACAAAACUUCAACACAGAUGUAUUUUCUAACAAAAAAUAUCAUUUGAGGCCUUCAAUUCCACGACACGUAUUUCGAGCCCGCCCCGGAAGUCAAGGAGGCUUUGAGACGGUUGAAUCUCAAAGGAGCCCCACCUUUUCGAUGAGCGAAAGGUAUGGUGAUUGAAAUCGUGAAAGGAAACUUGUCUUUUUAUUAAAAAAUUGGAGCAUUUUAAUUUAUUUUGAGGCGUUUUUCAGCAAAAAAAUUUUUGAAAAAGGUUUUUUUAAAGUUCUCGAGAAGAUAAACUCUUUCGUAAGAAUUGCAAAAAAAGGGGUUUUUUUUAAAUAUAGUUCGGAGUUUUAAGACCUUUUAAAUCUGGCAUUCUUGUUGUCAACAUUAUUAUAUCCUUCAAGAGUUAUUUUUUCGAUCGAAGAUCCUUGAAAUGCCGAUGGGAAAAAUUCAUUUCGCUUUUUUUAAACCCUCUUUUUAAUUCCCUUUUUUAAGUGACGCUCCGAAAUCUGUUUGAAGUGAAUUUAAAAAAAAUUUGUUUCUUGAAUAAUUGAACGAAAAAAAAAGAAUCUCCGACUUUUUUUGUCUUAAAAAUAGAUACCAGCAAGUUCUUUAAUAUUGUUUUCGAAGUUAUCUCAUCAAAUUCUAGUUAUCCUUCUCACUCUCUGACGGUUAUUUUGAAAUACGUCACCUUUCUGUGAAGAUCAAAAGCUUUUUUUUUGUGAUUUUGAAACAUAAUCUUUGUGAUUACCGCUUUGAAAAACUUGAGAAAGAAAUUGGAUCCGUUGAAAAAGAAUAAAUUUCAAGGUCCGCCUCUCCCGCGCCCACACACUGGCCAUGCACGGCGAGCGUCUGCCAAAGUCCGAGUGGACUCAAUGGGAAAACGUAAUUUAAUCGAAAAAUUAUAUAAAGAAAUAAAAUCAAUAAUGUUCCAGGAAACCUGGUACCUGAAGCCGUACCUCGACGAAAUCGAGGCCGAGAAGAAGGCCCGAGCCGAAUCUUCUGGCCUCAUCCCCCCUUACCAAAUGAAGCAUUAA